AGUUUCACCGAUAACGCAGGCUCGAGGCGGCGUGGCGUGGACACUGCAAGCUUAUCAAGUCUUGGGCUGAGGUGCGCGGAUCAGUGAGGCCCACAUCGAGCGGCGAUUCGCAAAAUAUCUUUUAAAAAAACAACGAACGGAAACGUCGUUGGCUUGUCGGAGCAUUUCUGUAUCGAACUGAAGAUGGCAGUGCUCCACGCGUUUCCAACCAGCGAAUUGAUUAAUUACGAAGUUGCGUGGCUUCUUGCUGCUAAGAUGGUCUUCGUCGUGUUUCUGUCCUGCUGAUUUUAUUAUUUGGACUAGCCGUGGUGUCCGGCUUCAAAAUUCAGACUGCCAUAAGACUGAUGCUUAUUCAAGAAUCCCUGUUUGUCCAUGUGGAAAAUACGAAGCUUCGGUGUAACAUGCUGUGUCCAUCGUCAGAGUUUCAACCGCAGUCGCUUGUGUUCCGACAGGAGCCCGCUGAGAGUCGCAUCCCCGUGUUCCUGAAGCACCCCUCUGCCGCGCCUUCGCAUUUGUCCCUGCGCGGCGCCUUCACCCUGAGGUCUCACAAUGACAAGACGAUCACGCGGCCUUCGUCUCUCCUCGAGCUCUUCGGGAGGAACAAGGUAGCGGCUCUGCCCUCGAAACCCAUGUCAGUUGCGUCAGGGCCGCACAAGGUCUUCGAAUCGACGCCCGACAACAGUCAGACGUCGUGUUCAUCGGCGUUCGGCGUCAGAACCGAAAAUGUGAGGAACUGCGACGCGGCGGACGAGGGCAGGUGUUGGCGGGACGGCCCAGUGACGGCGGCACACCUGGGGCAUCGCGUGUCCGUCAGUCGCACAAAGGUGGGAAUCCUCCGCUACUUCGGCGAAAUCGAACAGAGCCCUGGUGUCUUCUGUGGAGUGGAGUUGGACGAGCCCGUCGGCCUGAACGACGGGUCGGUGGAGGGGGUGAGAUACUUCACGUGCAGACCGCAGCAUGGCAUUAUCGCCCCCGUGGGAAAUGUCCGAACCGUUCCCGGGGGCGGCUGGCAGGAGGCUCAAGACUCCCGCUCCAGGAGGAGGAGUGAGACCUUCAUUCUCGACGAGUCGGGGCCCUACAGUCUGCUGGAGGGACUCGAAACAACCGCGCAGCCGACUGACGAGGAUGUAGACUGUUGCGAGAUGCAGCAGCCAAGCGCCGUGUCGACUCCGACGCCCAGCAGCCCGGCCAGCAACGCAGCGCCGUGGGAGUGUUCGGCGAGCUCCUUGACGUCAUCGCACACCCGAUACCAGUCGCACCCUUCGCAACAGUCCAGCGUUCAGGGCUCCUUUGAGCAGGACGAAAGCAGUCUCGGUGUUCUCACCCCUGACCAGGUCUGUCCCGUGAGCGCGCUGUCCCGACACCAGUCUCAGCUCCAGACGCACGCCGCACAGCAGCUUAGCAAGCAGAACUCCUUCGAGCUGGACGAGAGCCUCGGAAUUCUGACGCCUGACCAGAUGAUAGACUUCACCGUGUGCGCGGACAGUACUAUUGCAGGACGAACUCCAUCCUUCGAAGACAUGGACGUCUUUCUUCUCGGGGAUUUCAAAGGCGAUCGCGCGGAAGAUCUGCUGCCCGAUCGCCUGCCAUCAGAAUCAGACGGGCCCUCUUCGUCGAAUUACCCGUCUUCAGAAUUUCCGCAAUUUCCUGACGAUGCCGAGAAAGUGACGAACGCCGAUAACUUUCUUCUGUCCAAGACGGAGGACCACCAGCUGUGCACCCCAAACACGGUCACGUGCAUGUCGGAGGACCUGAGUGACAACGUCUGCCCAGCAGUCUCCAAGUCCAGCGGCGGAGACUUCAGGGUCGGGCAGGAUAUUUCAGAUCGCACGCUGUCACCCGAGGACCUCCCGAUGGACGCUCCGUUCCAGGAAGUAAUGGGAGAGAUAUUACAGAAAUCAGAUGUGACGUCAGAGGGCGCCCGUGACACGGCGGGGCUUUCGGGCGCGACCUCUGCCGGCCCGUCAUCGCGGUCCUCGGCCGCUCCUCCAGCAGGCAACAGUUUCGUGACCAGUGUGACGAGUAUCACGAGCCUCGACAACGGAUACCAGGGCGACGGGGAGUGGAGUCGCCCGGCGAGCAGGGGCGCCGAUCACUCGCCCACCAAUCACCGGGUCGUGAAGCCGAAGACGUCCACGGCAGACCCGAUGACCGACUCCGACUUCUUCACUGAGAGCGAUGCAGACAUGCACGACGAGUUGGCUGCAGGCUCCAGUCGAGGGGACCGCAGGGCCCAGGUCAUCGACGGCACGCUGUAUGGGGCCAACCUUCACACUGGCGGCACGGGCCACCAGCACCAACGAUGCCCCAGCUUCACGGCCUCCAUCAACGAGGAAAUGGAGUCCAGCGGCGUGUACUCGGACCUCGAGAGGCGGCCCGAAGAUGCUGCCGCCUCCGACGAGAAGGCGGUGCAGGGCGAGGAUCGAAAUCCCGCGGAAGGAGAUCUAUCCCCCGAUGCGUCCACCAAGACCGUUUCAUCGCGAUCCGAACAGAGUCAGGUGAAGGAAUCUGUUCCCGUCUUUACAACGAUUAUCGAGCAGGUCGUGUCUGAGAGCAUCAGAGACUUGACUUCGAUUGCCGUAAGCGACAACAACUUGCUGGCAGAGAACAACUUGAAAAACCAGAGGGCCUUGUUAGUUUUGAACCCGGUUGCUGUCACAGGAGAACCCACGGAUCUAUCGUCGGACAAGCCGGCCCGGAAAACAGACGUUACUCCCCUCGAAAGCCCCGGAAUCAUCAAAUCACCAACGACCGUUUCUGGUUCGUCUCUCGUCGCCUCAACCGGAAGCAAGUCCUUUAAGGAUGACGGGAGUCUUCAGCCGAAGAAGUUCAAAAUGCCGAAGAGGAACGUGGCUUCGAAGAUAAAGGCGAUGAUCGAGUCGUCUAGCCCCUCCACCGGAGUAAGUCCUGACGCCGAGGACGAGAACCAGGAGAACAGGAGGCCCACCCGCGCUCAGCCGAAGACCCUGAGGAAGAACGGAGGUCGGUGGGACGCCGUCAUGAGCAAGAUCGCGCAGGGCCAGGCAGAGCAGAAGCUGAAGCCGCGGAGUCUGAAGGAGGUGAAGAGCAAGGUGUUCGCGAACCUCAUGCCGCCCCCGACACAGCAAACCGAAGGGGCGCCUCGUCGCGGCGCAGAGCGCACCCGGAAGACCGUCUCGAGCAACUUUGGGCCGUCCGCGUCCUCGAGGGCUCUCAAGGAGAACUCUCCGCUGAAGACAAAGAGUCGCAGGGCACGAACCAGGGCCUCCUCGUCGUCCCUUUGUCAGCAGCAGCAGCAGCAGCAGGCCGGAGGAAACGGGACCGCUCCGGGCAGAGGGUCUUCGCGAACCAGUUCCCUCCACAGCUCCGUCAGUGACGUGAGCGUCAGUCAGCGUCACGUCGUUGGCAAUGCGAAGGCCUGCUCAAAGUCGUCGUCGUCAUCACUCCGGUCGUCCAAGAAGCACGAUGCUGGUCGUUCGACGAGUCCACUGAGCGACGGAUCAUCGACGUCUCACGUCAUGACGAAUUCGUCGAGCAAUCACCUCGUUAAUCACGCGAGGACCACAGGACAGAAGAAGGGGGUUGGCGUGACCGCCGUCGCUGACAUGAAGACGCCGUCAGCUCGCAAGCAGGCGUCGCGACGCAACACCACCAACAGCACGCAGAAGCCAACGCCUUUGAGGGAUCACAAUCGCCAGCAUCAGGCAGAUGGAGUUUUCAAAUCAGGGGGCGAGUCAUCUCCGUCCAAUAAGCCAGGGGAAGUGUCGGCCCCAUCUCAAAGACCCCCAGCUGCUCAACCGCAGCCUACACCGGUGGAGAUUUUACUCCUCCAACUGAGGCACAACUCAGCUGGCUUCGAGGCAUUGGGCGUCCUGGUUCAGUACCUCGUGUAUAAUCUGGAUGCCUUUUCCACGCCACAGUUGCGGAAAAACUUGCAAAGUAUGAAGACUGAGUGGAUUAAAACUAAGCUGGAACUAGAGGAAGCUCAGGUGAGCUAUCGGCGUAUGGAAGACAAAUUGAAGCAAGAGAAUGUGUUACAUCUCCAGAGGACAGAAGAAAUUAAAGCUGCUAGUGACAGAGCGCACAGUCGCGAAGUAGCGGAAUUGGUGGCGCGACACGAGGCUGAGUUGUCUGACUUUGAUAAGAGACUGCGAGAACAGUUAGAGGAGAUGAGAGGUCGUCACGAAGCGGAGUUGUCCCGUGCGGAAAAGCUGAAUGUCGAGAAACUGGAGGUCGCGGUAGCAGAUGGAAAAGUCCGCCUCGAGCAGGUCCAGCAUGAACACGUAACUGCCCUAACUCGUCUUCAGAGGGACACGUCUGAAAGGGAAGCUGAGCUGAAACGCAGGCUUGCCAGCGUUGAAGAAGAAUAUUCCGGUCUCAAAGAUCAGUCUCGAAAACUGAUGGAGAGCAUGCAGAAAGAUAAGGACACGAAGUUACAGGUCACCGCAGGACAUUGUAAGGAACUGCAGGACGAAGUGGGGUCUCUUCGAACGGUGCUCGAUUUGAGACGCGGAGAACUUCAGGAACUACGUAAACAGAACGCGCUUCUGACGAGAGAAGCCGAAGAACUUCCGGUCGCUCUGCAGCGAGUUGCGGCUCUCGAGGCCAAGGUGGAGGACCUGCAGGUGCAGCUGCAGGUGAAGACGAAUCUCGAGAGACAGUUGUCCCAGGACAAACGCGUGCUCAUGGAGUCGUUCCACAAAGAAUCGAAACAGAACAAGAGGCUGUCGCUACACAACGAGGAGCUGCAGUGGAAAUUGAAACAAAAUGUGGAAGUGGUGAAUGUUCUGGCCGCUCUGAGUGGAGCGUCGAUGAACUCCUCCAUGACAGCAGCGCCGACCAAUGGGAGGAGAAGUGUUCAUGGCUCCGUUGACAUUGAUCCCUCUGCCACUAGGAUUCCUCCGCGGCCUUUAUCUGCUGGUAGAUCUCAGAAUAUCAGUGCUUCAGAUCUGUCUGCAGGUCCUGCCACCGCUCUCGGCGACAGCCUUGAAACCUCACCGCCCGCUUCACCGAAAGUUAAAGGCGUUGUGGAGAAGAGUGAUUCUGUGUCGUGGGUCGUAGAGAUUGAUGAAACGUCGGAAGAUCUUCUGUCCAGGUUAGUUCGCCGAGCGGGAAGUUUACGGGGCACGACGCCGCCUCCGUCUUCGUCGCCGUCACCAGCUCAUGCUAGAACGCUGCCUCCUCCAAAACGCCAACGCUGCAAGGCUUCGUCUCUUUCUCUCUCAUCGUCUGCUACGGCCAUUGCAAGACCCGGCAUCGGCGGUCAGUCGAGAAAUUCAACGCUGACCUCUUCAGUACGAUCCCGUUCUCGCUCCAUGUCUAUUGACUCUGUGGAAGACGUGGGGCUGGACUACGGCUCGUGGAAUCCCAGGACUUCCACUCCAUUGCAGAAUUCCUACGGGGAUAUGGAAAACCCUGAAUGCGAGGAUGACGUCGUAGUUCUCAUGAACUGUAACAAAAGUUUGAAAUGUUGCGGAGACAACGACCACGAAGACUCCGGUCAGAAUCCUAGCUCUGUUAUUCAUAACUUGAGUGGCGUGAGCAACGGUACUCUGAAGAGAGGAACGUCGGAAUUUUCAAAUGAAGAAGAGUCUCCUGGAUCCAGCGGAAGUUCAGACGUAGGACAGAAAGAUCACGAUUGCUCCUGUUACCGGAGCAGGAAGCAGGUGUCAGGGAAUCUGAUAGAUUCAUCUGCAGCUUCAGAUUCUCUGGAUCUGGGAGACCCGGAAGUACUCCCCUUGCCACCCCUUCCAGGCAGCACCAGUGGUGAUCUUUCUCUCCUCGCUGCCCAGCCCCUCCCACCCAUGCCCAAGGAAUCUGCUGGUGAAGCGAUGAUAUCCGAAGAAACUUCUGAAGACGAAAAUGAGGAUGGAGAGGAAGUUAAUUCCUCCUCUGACGGAAGCAGCUGCUCAGAAGACGAAGGAAGCUCAUCUUCUGGGAGCUCGUCUGGUUUGGGACCGCGCGUCUCAAGAGAGUUGAUGGCACCCGAGAAUGGAGUCGUAGAAAGUGGCUGUGGGAGUGGCAAGCAAGACGAAGGAAAUGAAGAAGCGAGGAUAGUAUCACAGAUACCGGAAGUAGGUUCAGGGCAGCAGAACAUGUCCUCAACAGGGAGUACGCAUCAGUAUCGCUUACUGUUAAAGUCCGAGUCUGGAAGCUGCUCUGCCACAACCAUGGACCUCAGUUGGUCUGAAGACAUGGAACUUGCGCCGUCUGAAUCUGAUGGCUAGAUCUCUCUCUCUCUCUCUCUCUCUCUCUCUCUCUGCAACAAAAAUUUUCUCUUCUGAUGGUCACAAUUCACGAACAGCGAAUGACAAGUUUUGCGCAUCUUGCGCUCACCAGGAUUUCUGUUUCUUUGUUCUCGCAUUUAACUUGCAGUCCGCAAUGAUUUGGAUUCAGUGCACUUAUGGACAUAGUAGUUGAGACGAAGCGUUUAGUCAAAUGGACAAAACUGAAGACGACGAGUGUGAACCUGUGACAGAUCUGGUCCAUAUGAUUUCAGCGCACUCGUUGAUCUCACCAUGGCAGAAAGUGGAAUGGCUUUGUCUACAAAGAAAAUUUUGGGCGUAAAGUGUUACCGGUAGCUGUCUGAAAUAGGCUGUGGUUUAGACUGUACAGUAUAAAUAUUAAUGAUCAUCUGUAGAUCGUGUAUGCGUGUAAUUUGAUUGGAAGUACCAACUGUGUGUAGUUUAAUCUUUUCCCAGCGAGAAACGUAGAAUAGAAGGCGUCUAUGGUAUUACCACGUAACAGAAUUCAUAAUAUAUUUACAAACAUCUCGACUUAAACAUUUGUUGUUUACGUAAUUAUGAAAUUACUUUCCCAUUUCACU